GUGAUCACUCGGAGAGCGCACACAACCACAUGAGUUCUAAUUAACCCAUGCUAUUUUGUAAAUGCACGUAAUCGUGUAUCUUUUGACAAAAAACAACGCGAUAUUUCAAUGUUGAGUCGGGGCCUGUUUUGUUAGCUUGCGAGCUAGCCCCCAACCUACUCUCCUAUUACUUCACAAACACAGCUACUGCACAAAUGGAAACUCCGUUGACAACAAAAUGAUACGCUAACGAAACCAAAAGUUACAUAUUGCGGAGUAAACAGCUGUAAUGUAAACCACCCGCGAGUUCGUAAUUCCGAAACAGCACAACAACACGGAAGCGGCGGAACUACCACAUCAUUACGUCACCCCGGAAGUUGACAUAACUGGCGCGGCGAAACGUCUAUCGAGGCAGAAAUUAAGGUAGCUAACCUAAAAUUAAUCAUGAAAAUCGCCGGAGAGGAACUCCGAAUAAAUAAAGCUACAAUUUAAUAACGUAUGAUCGAAUAUUAGCGUUCUCUAUUCCGCAUCAGCAAAACAAUCGUACAACACGGAAGUAGCGGACCGACAACGUCCACUCUGAUUGGUCCGUACGUCAUUCCGUUAACCCGGAAGUUGUUAGCCCCGUAGAGAAACAACACUGGUGCGGCCAAGCGUCUGUCAGAGCAACAAUUAAGCUAGCAAACGUGAAAUUAACCAUGAAAAGCGCCGCAGGGGAACUACUCCAACAAAUUAAGGGCUGCUUCAUGUGCUGAGGAGCGGUGUGCCAUGCAGAGGAGACAUAGCAGCAACACUGAUGGCAUGCCUUCAGAAAGAAGCCGUAGCCAAACUCUGGGAUCAGAGAGCAGCCUGGACGAAGGUGGCGUGUUUGACUGCCUGAAGCCGGACGCGCCUACGUCACCCCAACAAAUCUUUUCCGGCUUGGUAGGUGUCCCUUCCGGGACUGUUUCCUCUGCCCAGUUCCAGGCGGCAAGCUUAGUUCUGGGCUCCCCCCCGGAAGUUUUCAUCCAGAUGACGGCGUCGACUCGAGAAGAAGGCGGCACCCGCCGCCCUGAGGUGGCCCCGUUCCUCCCUCGGCCUCCCCAGCAUCACCACCACCAUCACCACCAACACCACCAUUUCCACCACCCACCCCUGCAGCACAGGACCUCCUCUCUGCUCCAGCAGGCCACGGCGGCUGCCGGCUCAGAGAGGCGGGGCUCCAGAGAGGAGGGCGGCCAGGAUGACCCAUCCACGCCGGCGCCGGCCUUGUCGGAACUGAAAGCGGUGGUUACCUGGCUGCAGAGGGGCUUUCCUUUCAUCCUCAUUCUCCUGGCCAAAGUCUGCUUUCAGCAUAAGCUUGGUAUCGCAGUGUGUGUGGGGAUGGCCAGCACGUUCGCCUACGCCAACUCUACUUUUAAGCACCAAGUGUCGCUACGGGAGGAGCGCUCGAUAUUGGUCGCCCUGUGGAUCAUGCUGUUCCUCUCUGGCAACGUCACCUACGUUUACUACGCUUUCAGCCAAGAGGAGCUGUACAACAGCCUCUUGUUUUCCAAGCCCAACCUCAACAGCCUGGACUUCUUUGACCUCAUCUGGGUGGUGGGCAUCACAGACUUUGUCCUCAAGUUCAUCACCAUCGGCCUGAAAUGUGUCGUCCUUUUCCUACCCAAGAUCCUCCUGGCCUUCAAGUCCAGGGGCAAGAUCUACCUGCUGAUGGAGGAGCUGAGCCAGCUGUUUCGGGCACUGGUGCCGAUCCAGCUGUGGUACAAGUACAUCAUGGGAGAAGAGCCCUCCGGAAGCUACUUCCUGGGAGCGACGCUCAUUAUCAUCUACAGCCUCUGCAAGGAUCCAGGAUUCUUCAGCUUCUGUCAGCUAGGACCAUUUUCGGCAUUUGUGCAUAUCCAUCCAUCCAUUUUCUAUAAUGCUUAUCCUCACUUGUUUGGGGCAUUUAGCUUUCCCGGUACAUUGCGUUAUCAUGCUAGGUGUUAGCAUGCUAAUGUUAGCAUACUGGCAUUUUUGGCUAUUUUCAUCGGUAGACACAUGUAAACAUUUACUACUAGCAUGCUGGGUGUUAGCAUGCUAAUGUUAGCAUUGCUAGCAUGCUAACACGAGCAAACAUGAACAAACAAGCAUUUUGGGGGAUUUUUAUGAAUAUGGAAUAGCAGACACUUAGCGUUAUCAUGCUAGGUGUUAGCAUGCUAAUGUUAGCAUACUGGCAUUUUUGGCUAUUUUCAUCGGUAGACACAUGUAAACAUUUACUACUAGCAUGCUGGGUGUUAACAUGCUAAUGUUAGCAUUGCUAGCAUGCUAACACGAGCGAACAUGAACAAACAAGCAUUUUGGGGGAUUUUUAUGAAUAUGGAAUAGCAAGUCAAGUCAAGUCAAGUUUAUUUAUAUAGCCCUUAAUCACAAAAGAGCCUCAAAGGGCUUAACAAGCAGGCAACAGAAGAAGACAGACAAUAGACGACAAACGACAUCCCCUGAUCUGAACCCCCAUCAGGGCAAGGAAAAACUCAAAACCCAUUAGGGAAAAAGAAACCUUGAGAAGGGACCGCAGAUGGGGGAAUCCCCCUUCUAGGAUGACCAGGCUGCAAUGGAUGUGGAGAGGUUAACAUGUGACAGUUAAAUAUAAACAUAGAGUAUAAUAGUCCAGGUCCAAGAUGUGAUGCCAUUAGGACAGUUGGGCAGCCACGGGUCUUGAGAUGAUCACUAUCCCUCUGCUGCAGCGCCUCCAAGGUAGGCCACGACCGAUGUCCAACAUGUCUAACAUGACUGAACAUGAACAAACAUAAGCAUUUUUUUAUUUUUAUGAAUAUGGAAUAGCAGACAGUGUUAUCAUGCUAGAUGUUAGCAUGCUAAUGUUAGCAUACUGGCAUAUUUGGCUAUUUUCAUUGAUAGACACAUGUAAACAUUUACCACUAGCAUGCUGGGUGUUAGCAUGCUAAUGUUAGCAUUGCUAGCAUGCUAACAUGAGUGAACAUGAACAAACAAGCAUUUUUUGGGAUUUUUAUGAAUAUGGAAUAGCAGACACUUAGCAUUAUCAUGCUAGGUGUUAGCAUGCUAACAUAAUUAUACUAAUAUUUUUAGCAUUUCAGAGGUAGGCACUGACAAUACAAAAAAAAAACCUAGUCCUUUUAUGUUAGGAGUUAGCAUUCUUUAAGUCAUUCAAACCCUUCCAUGGUAUUUUUUCAUGGUAGAGGAAUAUAAAUAUGUAGAUAAAAUAAAUGUAGGACUAAUGUUUAUCGUGUACAUCACAAUAUGGAGGAAACUGUAGUUUUGGUGUUUUUUUUGCAUUUUGUAAAACAAUUUUUCUUAUUAUUACUAUGAAUUUAAAUGUUUUUUUAAGUCUGUUUUCUAUAUGGGUAUUUUUUUUUCAAUUUGUAGCAUUUCAAGUGAUUAUGAAUGUACACCAAAAACACUUGGCUUUCCAUUUGAACUUUUUUGACUUUUCAUUCACUUGAAAUCCAGAGAGUCAUAUCAGCUGCAGGAAGUAAUUCCCCUGAAAGCAGAAGUUUCCAAACAAAACACCACCCCCCGAAAAAAACAAAAACGUUGCUCCUGAGUCAAUCUCAACUCGACUGCAACAGGUUGAGCUACAUAUAAAACAAAAAUUUCAGCAAAGAAUUAGAUGUGCAUAGUUAUAUUUUUAUCCUUCACUGGUCAUUAAAAAAAAUAUUAAAUUGACAUAAUUUUUCCAUUAUUCAUUCAUUCAUUCAUUUUCUACCGCUUAUCCUCACGAGCGUCACAGGGAGUGCUGGAGCCUAUCCCAGCUGUCUUUAGGCGAGAGGCAGGGUACACCCUUGACUGGUGGCCAGCCAAUCACAGGGCACAUAUAGACAAACAACCAUAUUGAUAUAAAAGAUUCAUUUAUUAUAAUUGGGGAUGUCCGAUAUUGGCUUUUAUGUUGAUAUCCAGUAUAUUUAUUGAUUAAAUUGACACAUUUGCAGAUUUAUUUAUUAACUAAUGACACAUUAAAUUAAUUUUUGCACAUGUAUUUAUCAAGUUAAUUAAUGCCACAUUUAUUUAUUGAUCUAAUUGACACCUUUAAUUAUUAGCAGAUUUAUUUCUUGAUUUAAUUAUUUGAUGAAACAUUUAAUUAAUAAUUUAAAUAUUUAUUUAUUCAUAAAAUUUUGUCCCAUUUGGUCCUCCAUGAUGCUGUACCAAUGCAUCUUUUAUAACUUUUAAAUGUGGAUGCAUUCUUAUUGCAAAUGUUGCUUUGAGCCCCGCAGCCUUCCAACCGAGAGCCCAACUGCGCCUCUUCAAAUGAAAAACCACCUCUUUCGUUCCAGUUUCACUUCCCAGCUUCCUCCACGAGAGCGAUUGUGCAGUCACGUUAUCGCAAACGAACAAUGACAAUGUGAUGACAGAUCCGUCUGAUCCGUUCCCACGGCUGUCAUCUUUGACCCAUUCUUUUAAUACACCCUGAGCCAUCCCUUCGUUGGAAGUGGGAGGACGCUCGUCUGGCGGUGGCCAAGUCACCUGACGGCUCACACGCUGAGACUUCGCCAGGCCCGGUGGUGUGACGGGCCGCGGCUGCCAAUAGCAGCCGUGGCUUUUUGCAUAUGAAUAACGCGGCGGAGGAGCUGUCUCAAGUUAUGUGUGGCGAUGACUUGACACGGAAAAAAGAACUCAGCAGGUGACACAAGUCUGAGUGGACGACGCCAGAUGAGGAAGACCGCAUUCCAGAGGCCCACGCUCUGUGGAGGAAGCGGCGCCUUCCCGCAAUUAGCUUUACAUUAGCUUUAAAUAAAAUAUAUAUAUAUUUAAAGCUAAUGUACACAUCAUUGUAUUCAUUCUAGUUCUUGCUGGAGUAUCCAGCAUACCUUGUGGGCGCUUUUUAAACAAGUUUUUGUGUCAUGUUGUCAAGCAGUUGGUGGCUUCUAACCCUGCAGUGUUACGAUGCCAUCUACUGGGUGAUGCUGUCGCUACACUGCAUAAAUCGUUAUAUAUCCAUUCCAUACCAAACCUAAGUGGAAAGUCCAGCAAUCAUGAUGAAGCAGAUAAAGACUCAUUUGAGGGGGAAUUCCCACUCACAGUGACAGAUUCUCACCGCCGCGUUACACUCUUAAUGCACAACAUCGUCAUCAAACGCACUCAUUUGUUCAUAUGAUGCACACAGAGCAACCGGCAACUCUGUGCUCUGUCUCACUUUUGCUUCAUGCUGUGGGGUGUUCAGGCGCACUCGUAAUUUUUAUUUAUGUAUCCCUGUUACAAUCGGCGUACGCCACUUUUGGAACCUAGGAACUAUCAUGUUUGCUCUUUUUUGCUGCUGAUUUUUUAAAUGUCUUUCAAUACAAACAAUUAUUAUAACUUCUUAAAUCAUCUUUAUAAUUUUUUAAAUAUAUAAUUAUGUGCUUAUAAUUAUAUAAUAUAGUCUAAAUAUAAUUAUAUACAAAAUAUAUUAAAUAUUAGGACUUAAAAAAACAUUGUCUUUAAUACUGUAUAGCAACUGUAUGCUACUAAAUGUCAUUAUUUUUCCUUAUAAUAUUGAGGGUUUUUUCUUGUAAAAUUUCGACUUUUUGU